AUGACCUUUUCCCUUCUUGGCAAUCAUCUAGAGACCACAACCACGGCGAAAUCUGGUGGCCUCCACGUGCGAGGUCACCAUGGCGCUGACAUAGAAUACCAAGAAGCCGUGGCCAGCGCCGCGUUCACCCAAGGAUCGCCUUCUCGUCACCUUCUGACAGCCUUCGACGUGGACACUGCUCUGGGCACCACCAGCGUGAGCGCGUCCACAAGCACACAGCAUUCCGUCAUCUCACUGUUCCUUCCCAUGGGCAGCCCGGAUCAAAUCGAGGCCUCCAUCGUCUCCGCGUCUCCGAACGAAACUGCUUUUGCUUUGGGAUGUGCGGCCAAUGCAACUAGCUCAUCUGCUUGCUACUGGGACACCGAUAUCACCGUAACAGAAGGCGAGAGUACCGUCAUCUGGACAAAUACACACGCUGGGGAGGGGGCUGCAAGCGUUACAAUUCCCCCCAUGACCAUGGAAUGCGCAUUGGUAGGAGCCCACACCACAGAGACCCCCAUUCAUGGUGCCAGCUCGGCCAUUUGCACUGCAAGAUCCACGAUUCCAGGCCUUGGCAUUGCAGCCAGCACCUCUGUGCUUGCUAGUGUUGACAUCAAAUACGUCCCCGUGACUGUCACGGCUGGAGUGGAGAAGAUCAUGGCUGCUUCUGCGUACGCCACCACCGCUGUCUCCAAAACUUCGACCAGUUCCGCCGGUGCAGCUGCCAUGACCGACAUGGCAUUGAUUGGUUUCAGUGGUGCUGCCGGACUCGGUGUUGCUAUGCUCGGUAUGCUUUGAAUUUUCCGAGAGCAUGUUCUGCAUGUUCAGGAUUGAUCUGCGCCGAGGUUCAACAAGAUAUCGUGCAGUUGAAGAUCUUGCUCGCUUACCGAAGCCUGUGCACCGCGAGCGCCAGUUGUUUUGUGCGCUGAAAGUCUGUCAGCCUUCAGUCGACUUCCAGAAGGCUGUUGGGCGGGUCCCGAGGGUGAGGCGUUCGAGGUGGGGAUGGAGAGGCCAUCGUGGUGGAAUCGUGCUCGACCUGUCUGUUGGUGCUGAUGCAAACGAACAGCGCACCAGUGCGAACCUACAACUCAUAUACUGGUCGCAGCCUGUGACUGUAUUCUACUUCUGGUGUCUUCCAGGCUUCGCCUACCACGCCGUGAACAACCAACACAAGCCAACAUCCUGCGAUCUCGUGGCUUCGAACGCCGACGCGGGCUACUCAAAGGCUGGAGAUCGAUUCUGCUCCAUCUUGAGCCAUCGUGGAGCGCUUUUCUCAGCCUGGCUGCGAAAUAUGAGCGCUUCGCGCUCCAAAUCCAACUGGACCCACUAUAAAUUGCGGCUCAGCCCGCUCCCAAAAUAGCGAAGGAUCCAGACACAACAAGUACACCACACCCGCCUACACUGCAGACGAGGUCUGGCCGUCACUGGCUUAUGGGAUGUGGUAUACGUCGAGGAUUACGGCACGACAGCCUCUCCAUCCGUGCGCGCUCUGCCGCGAUCGCAUCCUACAAGGCUAUAAAAAUUGCGGCAGUUCCUAAACGACAGGUAGCGAAGUGCUACCGAUCAUGGGAUCCUGCAAGCCAAUACAAUUUAGGAUCGAUGGAUCUGGCCUGAAUUCCUCUGGUAGAGUAUGCUGCUGCCGGCACAGGGCUCUCCUGGGUGGUUGUAGGGACCACCUAACGUAAUGCUUAAACGCAGUUACCGAAGAGAUUACCAUGGACUACCCAUUUCCAUUCGCAGCAGCAUCAGGUUCCUCUAGGAGACCGUGACUAUAGACAAUAAAUGAAUAUAACGCAGUUCAACUUGGCGAUUUGAAUCAUAGAUCUCAAUAACAGAAAACAGGAAAUGUGUUCACGAUGCUGCCUUACGGUGAUAGACGUACCAGCAGAAACACCACUAAUUUCAUUGACCUACGAUCAUUUCUUGGCGUCGAAACGGGACCCCUAUGGCCUAUGGCCAGGAGGUGAAGGUAUAGCAAAGCGGUACAUACCAAG